AUGCCUCGCACCAGUGAGGAGAUGCCUCGCACCAGUGAGGAGAUGCCUCGCACCAGUGAGGAGAUGCCUGGCACCAGUGAGGAGACGCCUCGCACCAGUGAGGAGACGCCUCGCACCAGUGAGGAGAUGCCUCGCACCAGUGAGGAGAUGCCUCGCACCAGUGAGGAGAUGCCUCGCACCAGUGAGGAGAUGCCUCGCACCAGUGAGGAGAUGCCUCGCACCAGUGAGGAGAUGCCUCGCACCAGUGAGGAGAUGCCUCGCACCAGUGAGGAGAUGCCUCGCACCAGUGAGGAGAUGCCUCGCACCAGUGAGGAGAUGCCUGGCACCAGUGAGGAGACGCCUCGCACCAGUGAGGAGACGCCUCGCACCAGUGAGGAGAUGCCUCGCACCAGUGAGGAGAUGCCUCGCACCAGUGAGGAGAUGCCUCGCACCAGUGAGGAGAUGCCUCGCACCAGUGAGGAGAUGCCUCGCACCAGUGAGGAGAUGCCUCGCACCAGUGAGGAGAUGCCUCGCACCAGUGAGAUGCCUCGCACCAGUGAGAUGCCUCGCACCAGUGAGGAGAUGCCUCGCACCAGUGAGGAGAGGCCUCGCACCAGUGAGGAGAUGCCUCGCACCAGUGAGGAGAUGCCUCGCACCAGUGAGAUGCCUCGCACCAGUGAGAUGCCUCGCACCAGUGAGGAGAUGCCUCGCACCAGUGAGAUGCCUCGCACCAGUGAGAUGCCUCGCACCAGUGAGGAGAGGCCUCGCACCAGUGAGGAGAUGCCUCGCACCAGUGAGGAGAUGCCUCGCACCAGUGAGGAGAGGCCUCGCACCAGUGAGGAGAGGCCUCGCACCAGUGAGGAGAUGCCUCGCACCAGUGAGGAGAGGCCUCGCACCAGUGAGGAGAUGCCUCGCACCAGUGAGGAGAGGCCUCGCACCAGUGAGGAGACGCCUCGCACCAGUGAGGAGAUGCCUCGCACCAGUGAGGAGAGGCCUCGCACCAGUGAGGAGAUGCCUCGCACCAGUGAGGAGAGGCCUCGCACCAGUGAGGAGAUGCCUCGCACCAGUGAGGAGAGGCCUCGCACCAGUGAGGAGAGGCCUCGCACCAGCCGUGACGCAGCACCUCGCGGGGCUCGUCAAGGAGGCACCAAACUUACCAGAACCCAAGAUUUGGAAACAAAUAAGGAAACGUCGUGCUGGUCUCUGUGCUGCGGGUCAGUACACAAGUAA